AUGAAAAUAUCACCAUAUUUAUUGCAUUCACAAAAUAACUCAACCGAUUGUUCCUUAAACUUAUUAUUGUAAACAUUUUUUAAUUAAAUUUAGUAAUAAUGUUGUGGGUACAUUUGUAAAGCUGAGUCAUUUAACUAUUUUUAAACAAUAUUCUUCAAUUCUUAUGAAAAUUUUAAUGGAUUAGUUUACAAAUAUGUUUAUUCAAUUAAAUGAAGUCUAUAAGAUAAUCUUCUUAAUUGGUUCAAUAUUAAAUUAUAAAUUGAAUAGAGACUUGGUUCUUCUUUUAAUCUACUGAAUAAUUUGAUUUCCUUAUAUAAUAAAGGUUUUUAGUUUACAAUCAGAUAUAAAAAUAUAGGAAAUCAAAUUAGUAAUCAUCAAUCUUUCUAUCAUAAAUAAGAUAACAAAGAUAAUAAAAUUGAAAUCUCUAAAUUUUUUAAUGAUAAUAAAAAAACAUAAAUCUAAAUCAUUUUUAAGGAUUUACACAUACAUAAAAGUUAAAUGCAAAAAUCAUAAUCUAAAAAAUCUAGAAAUUCCAACCAAAGAUAAAAUGAAAUCAUUGAAAAAUUGAAUAAGACAUAAAAUGAGAAUCUAUAAGAAUUACAGAGAUUCUAAUGGAUCAAAAACCUAUAGAAUUACAGCCUCUCUACUGAGGAAAUUUUGAUAUCCGUAUUAAGUUGAACGACAAAAGUACGUUAUCCCAAUAAGCCCUACUCUAAACGCUCAUGAAUAAGAUUCACCAGAUAUAUGUAAACAUAAUAGGCUACAAUCUACUAUUCGAAAUAGCUUACUUAUACGAUCAGGAAGCCAGGGAAAUACUGCUAGCACCUCUAAAUUGCAUUCUAAAAUGCCUGAUUCCAAACUUAAUAUAAUUAAAAACUAUCUUGAAUAAGCUCAAACUCAUCGACCAAUCACUGAUUCUUAUAAAUUAAGCCAUGAAAUUGAAAAAUAAAAAAAAAUAAAUUAGUUUAAGUUGAAAGAAAUAAACUUCUAUCCAUUCUUAAAAUUGCAUAUAGAGCUGAAAAUAAAAUAGAUCGAUUUAAUUAGUAUUUAUAAUAAUAAGAAAAAAUUUCAUCUGGAAUCGAGAGUUUCAUUUUAAAUGAAUGUAUUUAUUCCAUUUUAUUUUAGUAUCACCUAAAAAUAAUAUUGAAUCAAUCUUAUCUUUAGAAUGAAUUUUUCAUAUUUAUUUAUUUAUGA